GGCGCUGCUGCUGCCGGGCGGCGCGGAGCUCAGCCCAGCCCAGCCCAGCCCGCCCCAGCCCAGCCCAGCCCAGUCCAGUCCAGCCCAACCCACUCCAGCCCAGGGCGGCCGAGCCCAGCCGCGCCGCUGAAGGGCACCGGCGGCGACGAGGCUUCCUCGCGCUCUCCCGCGGCUGGGGCGCGCCCCCCCCGCAGCAUGGAGGCUGGGAAGCGCAGCUCCUCCGCCGGCAGCCGGGACGAUGGCAGCGCUAACUCCUUCCCAGCCAAGCCGGCGGCUCCGGCGGAGAAAGCCCAGAGCAGCCCCGGCAGCGGCGGCGUGAAGGAGCAUGGCAACUCGGUGUGCUUCAAAGUGGACGGCGGCGGGGGCGAGGAGCCUGUGGUGGGCUUCGAGGAUGCCGAGGGACCCCGGCGGCAGUACGGCUUCAUGCAGCGGCAGUUCACCUCCAUGCUGCAGCCGGGGGUCAACAAAUUCUCCCUCCGCAUGUUCGGGAGCCAGAAGGCGGUCGAGAAGGAGCAGGAAAGGGUUAAAACUGCGGGGUUCUGGAUCAUCCACCCCUACAGCGACUUCAGGUUUUACUGGGACUUAAUCAUGCUCAUAAUGAUGGUUGGAAACCUUGUCAUUAUACCUGUGGGAAUCACAUUCUUCACGGAACAAACAACAACACCAUGGAUUAUUUUCAAUGUGGCAUCAGACACUGUUUUUCUAUUGGACUUGAUCAUGAAUUUUAGAACUGGGACUGUAAAUGAAGACAGCUCUGAAAUCAUACUGGACCCUAAAAUCAUUAAGAUGAAUUACUUAAAAAGCUGGUUUGUGGUUGACUUCAUCUCAUCAAUACCAGUGGAUUAUAUCUUUCUCAUUGUAGAAAAAGGAAUGGAUUCAGAGGUUUACAAGACAGCAAGAGCACUUCGUAUUGUGAGAUUUACAAAAAUCCUCAGCCUGUUACGUUUAUUGCGCCUUUCAAGACUGAUUAGAUACAUACACCAGUGGGAAGAGAUUUUCCACAUGACGUAUGAUCUGGCCAGUGCAGUGGUGAGAAUCUUUAAUCUCAUUGGAAUGAUGCUCCUGCUGUGCCACUGGGAUGGUUGUCUACAGUUUUUAGUACCAUUGCUCCAGGAUUUCCCACCAGAUUGCUGGGUGUCCCUAAACGGUAUGGUUAAUGAUUCCUGGGGAAAGCAGUAUUCCUAUGCACUCUUCAAAGCCAUGAGCCAUAUGCUCUGCAUUGGUUAUGGAGCCCGUGCCCCUGUCAGCAUGUCCGACCUGUGGAUAACCAUGUUGAGUAUGAUCGUGGGGGCUACUUGUUAUGCCAUGUUUGUUGGUCAUGCCACUGCCCUCAUUCAGUCUCUGGAUUCCUCACGACGACAGUAUCAAGAAAAGUACAAACAAGUGGAACAGUACAUGUCAUUCCACAAGCUACCUGCUGAAAUGCGCCAGAAGAUCCAUGAUUACUAUGAGCAUCGCUACCAAGGCAAGAUCUUUGAUGAAGAAAACAUUUUGAAUGAGCUCAAUGAUCCUCUUAGGGAGGAGAUUGUCAACUUCAACUGUCGGAAGCUGGUUGCUACAAUGCCUCUUUUUGCUAAUGCAGACCCAAAUUUUGUGACUGCCAUGCUAAGCAAACUGCGAUUUGAGGUGUUUCAGCCUGGAGAUUAUAUUAUCCGAGAAGGGGCUGUGGGUAAAAAGAUGUAUUUCAUUCAACAUGGUGUUGCUGGUGUCAUCACCAAAUCCAACAAGGAGCUGAAGCUGACAGAUGGCUCUUACUUUGGAGAGAUCUGCCUUUUGACCAAAGGCCGUCGAACUGCCAGUGUAAGAGCAGACACAUACUGUCGCCUGUAUUCCCUCUCAGUGGACAAUUUCAACGAGGUCCUGGAAGAGUACCCCAUGAUGAGAAGGGCCUUCGAAACGGUGGCAAUUGAUAGGCUAGACAGGAUAGGGAAGAAGAACUCAAUCCUCCUGCAGAAGUUCCAGAAAGACCUCAACACCGGCGUUUUCAACAAUCAGGAGAACGAGAUCCUGAAGCAGAUCGUGAAGCACGACAGGGAGAUGGUGCAGACCAUCGCCCCGGUGAGCCUGCAGCAAAUGCCGGCCCUCAACUCCAGCACCUCGGCCUCGUCCUCGCGCGGCCGGACGCAGUCGCCGCCCGUGUACAGCACCAGCAGCCUCUCCCACGGGAACCUGCACUCCCCCUCGCCCAGCACGCAGACGCCCCAGCAGGCUGCCGUCAUCCUCUCGCCCUGCUCCUACACCACAGCCGUCUGCAGUCCGCCGGUACAGAGCCCGCUGGCCGGCCGAACUUUCCAGUACGCCUCGCCCACCGCCUCGCAGCUCUCCCUGAUGCAGCAGCAGCAGCAGCAGCAGCCGCCGCAGCCGCCGCAAGCGUCCCAGCAGCCCCCCGGCGCGGCGCAGAAGAACGAGGUGCACAAGAGCACCCAGGCCCUCCACAACACCAACCUGACGCGGGAGGUGCGGCCGCUCUCGGCCUCGCAGCCCUCGCUGCCCCACGAGAUCUCCACGCUGAUCGCCAGGCCUCACCCCACCGUGGGCGAGUCCCUCGCCUCCCUCCCGCAGCCCGCCCCGGGUCCCGGCGUGCCCCCGGCCGGCCGCGCCUCCGUCCCGCAGCGGGUCUCGCUCUUCCGACAGAUGUCCUCGGGAGCCAUUCCCCCGAACCGGGGGGCCGCGCCGCCCGCUGCUCCCCUGCAAAGGGAUUCUUCCACAGUCUUAAGCACAGAGCCCGAGGGAGACAAACCGCGUUUCGCCUCAAACUUAUGAUCCCUGAUGACUGUGAGCAACAGACUUUCAACAAACCGAGCACCAUCCCCCGAACUGUUGUAGCCUGUUUCCUAAUGUUCCCCAGCAGUCUACUAUGAGAAAAAUACUUUAGACAGCUUUGCCCUAUGUAACGAAUGUAAAAAUUAUAUAUGUAUAUGUAUAUACAUAUAUAUGUAUACAUAUAUAUAUUAAAAGAAUUAAAAAAACUUGUUUGAAUUCAUGUCUUCCUUUCUCUCAACCAUUAAAGAAAAUUAAAUUUAGCUGUAAUGUUUUUAAUGUGUUGACUUCAAAAUCAGCCUAAGAGCUGUUCUCUGUCUAGGGGAUCUGCUAUUUUCAUUAUUGUCAACACAAUAACAAAC